AUGGCGACUACUACGGCGGAAGAGGCAGAGGAGAAAACUUACGAGGAUUUUAAAGACGAGUUGCUCCAAAAACUCCAUGAGCUCAGAGAAACGAACAUUCUCUGUGAUACGAUAAUUCGAGCCCAAGGACAGGACUUCCCUGCUCACAAAUGUGUUUUAUCAGCUGCCAGCCCAUACUUCCGGGGCAUGUUUUCAAGUGACUUGAGAGAAAAGGAAAGUAAUCUUGUAGAGUUACAGGAUAUCAAAUCUUCGACCCUUAGUGAUGUUCUUCGGUAUAUUUAUACUGGUACAACGAGAAUCGACUCUUCCAACGCAAAAGAUUUGGUGAUUACCGCAGACUAUUUGAUCAUUCCAAGUUUAAAAACGAGAGCAACCCUUUUCCUCGAAGGAACAUUGAAUGCUUCUAAUUGCCUGGCUUUCGAAUCGUUUGCUUCUCGGUACAACUGUGAAUCACUAAAAAAAAUUGCAGCUGCCUAUAAGAUGGAACAUUUCGUAGAUGUCACGAAAUCCGAAGAUUUCAGAUUGCUUGAUGUGGAGAAAGUUAAAGAACUAAUUUGCAUGGACGAGAUAAACGUUGCCGAGGAAGAGGAAGUGUAUGAAGCAGUGAUGGCCUGGGUGAAACAUGAUCUGCCAUUCAGGGAAUCUUUACUUUUGGAUCUCCUUAAAUUUGUCAGACUGUUUUCAAUAUCCAAGUACAGACUGCGAAAGAUUUUGGAUGAAGAAUUAGUUAGUAAGGACCCAAUUUGCAUGAAAGAAGUGAUAACUGCACUUGAUUUGUCCCUAUUUCCAGAAUAUUUCCAAGACACAAAACUUAAUCCCCGCCUUUCAUUAGGAAAAUAUGAACAAGUUGUGGUCCUUACUGAUAAAUACCGUAAAUCUACUAACCAAAACACGCCAGGUUUUGUACUGUCUAACUUUAAGUGGGUAUCCCUACCUAGAAUGCCUUUGUCAUCUUCUCCUCGGAGUGCUGCUGUAUGUGGUGGACAAUUGUACGUAAUGGGUGGAAAGAACUCAAAUUCAGUGUGUUGUUUUAAUCCAAACCAAAUUAAGUGGAGCACUCUCAACAUGAAAAUGGAUAGCAAAAACUGUACAGUCACAUCUUUUAAUGAAGAGCUGUAUGUAAUAGGUGGAGAGGAUUCAUGGCAUGAUGUUCAAAUCUAUGAUGCAGUUUUCAAUAAAUGGAGACAAGGAGUGUCAAUGGAAACUGCUCGAGCUGAACACAAUGCAGUUGUACUACAAGAACAUAUUUAUGUCAUUGCAGGUCACAAUGGUGAGGUUUGUCAAAGCAGUGCUGAUUGUUACAAUCCAUUAACUGACCAGUGGACUGAGAUCUCAGGUAUGUCUAAAGUGCGAAGGUGUGCUGCUGCUGUGGCAGUUGGGAGAAACCUUUUUGUUGUAGGAGGAUUUGGUGACAUGACACCAGUGACCAUAGAACCUUCUUGUGAAAUAUUUGACCCAAAAGCUAAUCAGUGGAGCCUGGUGUCUAGUCUUAGUAUUCCUCGUGCUGCAAGUGGUAUUGGGAGUAUUGGAAACACAGUUUAUUUAUUCGGAGGGGAAGAUGAGGAGUAUCACAGGAAGGAAGUGCUAUGUUGUUUUAUAGGAGAAAACAAAUGGUAUGUGAUAUCAGCUAUACCAUCUGAUGACUGCUCAUUUCUGCAAGCAUCAUUGCUCAAAUUGCCUAAAGAGUUGAUAUCAUUUAAUUCUGAAAAAGAUGGAAAACUGUGAACACUUUGAUAGAAGUGAUCAGAUCAGAGACUAAUCAAAAUAAAGGUUAGUAAAUGCAAGCAAACCUCAAAACACAAACAGAUUGCGAUAUAUAUGUAGCCAUGAACAGUUAAAAUUUAUGAUGUACAAUAAGAUUGUGUUCUGAGUUUCACUUUGAUUCCUAGUCACCAAAGGUAUCACUCCACUUAAGUUUGGGGUAGUUGCUGAGGUUUUGUGGCUAACUAUAGGGGAAAGAGAAAUAAACUGUAAACUUGUCUUUUUUUAAAAACAAAAAACAAAAAACUUUCCGCAGUAAAAUUAUUUUUCUUAAGGAUUCUAUUGAGUGUUAUUCAGUUACAAGUACAAGCCUGAUAAUGUAUGGCUGCCUUAUUCUACUUAAGUACUUAAAAAAAUCACAGACCAUGCUUACAUGACAAUCAAUGUUUUUGUUAGCAUAAUUUGACAAAAUUAACAAGUCAGCAUAAUUUAGCAUGAUUAAAAAGUUAGUAUAAUUUUUUUUUUUGCCAGAGAAAUGUGCAAACAGACACCAGUAAGUAGCCCUUUCUAGUAGGAAAGUUUUAUGGUAAUAUCUUACAGGGGUUUGGAGAUGUUGGAAUAUUUUUAUCCAAUCUUCUGGACAAGACAUCAUCAAACAUCAAACCUUAGCUCUCUUGGACAAAGCUCUGCUACCAAGCCACUUUUGGCACCCUAGCUUAGGCUGGGUCUCUUUUCUCAAACUUUCACUCCUUGUUGCCAUAAAGAGAGACUGCUGAUUUUUUAGCACCAAUUCAGCAGCUCUAUGGAGUUUCAAUCUUUGUAGAAUUUUAAUGAUAUGAAUUGGGUUAGAGCUCACAAAGUGUGUGGUAAUCUUAAAUGAAAGCAACCAUUGCCAAAUGUUAAGCAGCACUAUGUGAUGUAAAUUUCCAUGAAUCAUGCAACUGUUCUAUCAGAUUAAGGAUUGUUUCUUGCUUCAAAAGUUUAGCUAUGACAUUUAAGUUUCACUUGUCUUAUGUUGAACCAAUUGGGUAUCUAUUGAAUUGCUGUAUAUUGUUUAAAUAGAAUCUUUCUAGAAUUUCUUUUUUUGUUAUAGCCAUUGUGAAAAGCUAUUUUGAGCCAAGCCUUUUCAGUACAAGAAGUUUAAAUGCUGCGUACUAAAACCCUCAGCUGCCAUUCCUGAUGUAGAGUUUAUCAUUGAUUGGCAAUGGUUGUGGCCUUAAUUUGAAGUUUCUGUCCUAGGGACUUAUUCAUUAUCUUUUCCUUUCUAUUGUGGAAAGAGAUAAAGGAAAAUUAGGAGUUGAUUGCCUGGGAAAGAUGUCACAAGACAAAAAGUACAAUAUUUUAUAACUGGAUAAGUUAAAUAAUGUGGAGUGUCUAAUUAAUCAACCAUUAGAAGCAGUUCCAGAGAAUAAAUAAUGUAUUUGUGGUAAUAUUUUUUUGCUUGGCAGCUUUCUGGAAGGCCUUUAUGUUAGUACAGUAAUGUGCAUGACGAACACUUUCUGCUAAGUGUCCUCUUUGUUUUUACAUGCCCUAAACCUUUUGUUAUAAUCCUACUCAAUUAUGGAAAAAUCAGGCUGACACCUCAGGACUUAUCCACCAGCCAAUAAAAUUAGUCUCAUCACACUCUACCACUAUUCGCUGAGUGCUUCAAAUGAGUUCCUAUUAAGAGUCAAACUAAAAUUGUCAACAUGCAUACUAAUACAUUGUUUCCUUAUACAUGACAUAUCUACUACUGAUGUGCUGCUUAUGUAUAGCCCACAUGUAGCUGUACCCUCCCUUGCCAAGUUGAAACAGAAGUGAGGGAAAUUCUACAAAAAAUUUGGCACUUAUUGUAUUCUAUGGAGUCACUCUCUUGUGAGAAAAUAUAUAGUGGUUUUUAAUUGGUUAAACCUCCCUUCCUGACCCUUGGACGAGAUAAACAUAGCAGAAGAAGAGAAAGUGUAUGAAGCCAUAAUGACGUGGGUAAAAAAUGAUUUACCAUCCAAGGAAUGUUUAUUCCUGGAACUGUUGGAACAAGUAAGAUAGUUAUAUUGCAUUGGAGGUUAUAGAACCCUCGUGAGAAAUAUUUGACUCAAGUACAAGUCAAUGGAGCCUGGUACCUAGUCUUAGACUUCCUCUAGCAGGAAGUGGUAUUGUGCGUAACGGAGACACUGUGUAUGUGUUUGGAGGAGAGGGUGUUGUUGUUGAUGAUGAAGAUGUAUAUCUAAAAGAAGACCUGGGUGAUGUGCAGUGCUUUGACACAGGAACAAAUAGAUGGCAUAGGAUAUCGUUUAUACCAUGUGGGGGAAUGCUCAUAUGUGCAAGUAUCAUUGCUUAAGGUGCCAAAACAUUUACUAAUUGCUAGUGACUGAAAUUUUCUCUCCACUAACAGGUGACAUCAUUUCUCAGGUUUUUUACAAGUUAGAAUACAGGAUACUUUAAGGUGAAAAGAAACCGUAUAUUACCGUAUACGAUUUAUGAGACCAUGUUGCUUGAAGAAGACUCGCAGUAGUCUCGUACCCAGACCUUCCACGGCUAAGUGGUUUUAGGUUUUAGUUAACCGGUAGGAUCUUGGCAAAACGACUAGACUCACAAUAUACAACCAAACCGUCGCAAUUCAGAUCGAAUCUAAGUCGUGAGACAAACGAUAAUACUUCAUAUACAAGUGGUACAAGAUUACUAAUAGCUUACAGAGCGUUUUUCGAAGUGUCGAGGACCCAAAUCGAUCGGUCUAUAAAGUCGAAUUAAGUUACGAAUUUGACCCAGCAGAUCGCGCGACAGGUGCUUAAAAAGGUCAGUAUCGGGCAGUUGACGUUGAUUUAUUGAGAGAUUUUCGUUCUAAUUGGGCGUUACCUUCAACUUCCUGUCUUAUCUGACCUUUUUCUUUGGACGACAAAAAAUUUAUGCAAUCGGACUUCCGUGAAAAGUCUGAGUUACAACAAACCUCAGUAAUUUUGAUGUGGUUUGUUCACCAUAUUUGCCAGUUCGAUAUCGCCAUCAUCAUAGAGAAUUAAAUCAAGCCACCCAAAGUCUCACCUUAAAUCCUUUACGAAUUCAAGUUGAUAUGGUCGCUCAGGAAGCUAACCACCCAUAUGUUCUCGUAAACCCGAAAAUAGUAACCAGGACAAGUGGUUCACAGAGCGCACAUCCUUCAGAUUUGACAUGAGUAAGAAUCAAUAGUGAAAGCUCUUCUUCAUUUGGUGGGAUGUUAAUGAUAGGGACAUUAUAAAGUCUUCAGUUUUUUUUUUGUGUUUUUUUUCAAAACCCUCUUGGUGAUGGUAAUCUACCAUUAGCAGGAUGCAUACAUCAUAAUUUGUAAAUAUUUCAGUCCAGCUAAAUAUUGACAAUGAUCAUUGCUCAAAUUUUAAGGGAAAUCCUCCCAAAGUUAUGGCCUUGAAAGUCCUUGCACUUUUCAAAACAACAGCAGAAACCUGCAUACAGAGCUGUGUCCUGAUCCAAUAAAUAAAUAAAUUGUUGCAUUUUUCCACACGACCUCCCCACAAUGAAUACCUAUCUGUGAAAUAUUCAAAUUGGCAGAAGUAUCUACCCACGUUAUUUGCAUUUUUGAUGAAUUUCGCGUGGUAAUAUUGCCAUUUUUAUGUGGUGAGUUCUACAAAACAACACUUUGAAGUCUUCCUCGUUAAACAUUGCAAUCUUCAUUCUUAAUCAAGGACAGGGAAAUGAACUCGUCCAUUCAUUGUGAUAGGAUCAAUUUUCCUACAAAGAAUAAUACCUUCCACAUUAUUCGAAUUUUUCACCGAGUGAUCCUUUGCAUCGAACUUGGGUUGAACCCUCACCGAACUGGAUCAAAGCUCUCAAGAAACUAAAAUGGCUUUGGGAGCUUCACGUUUAUGGCUUUGCAAUACUUUUUGUAGCAGUCGCAUUUUACUCGGCAGUUUGCCUCAUAGCCUCACACAAAACGAUUUUUACCCGACAAAGAGUUCAUCGCGCAGUGAUGAACCUCGCUUUACUUGUUGCGGGAUUUCUUCGAUCUUUGAUCCUCUUUUGGGAUCCUUAUGUCUCCAGUAGCGACACAACAGACUUGCAGCUCACACAAUGUAUGGGCGUGUGCAUAUGUGCCCACUCAAUUGCAAACGUUGAUACCUUAAAGGCAUGAUCCAUGAACAGUGAGAUCCAACGACUUGUAAACUAUGAUUGUGCUUCAUGUUCUUAACUUAUUAAUUAAUAACAGAAGCACUUAUGACCUUUUAUGUCGAAUCUUUGGGAAAGCCAACUAAAUGUCGAUUUUAGGUGGUGCAAUGAUAAAAAUUGUUUUUUCUUGUCUUUUAAGUAUGUCAGGUGGUAAAUCCAUUUUUUUUCCCAACCGCGGUGCUCCAGUCGAUUUGCAUUGAGAGAAGAAGUGACAUCAAAAGUUAACAGGUGAAUUUGUUCAGUUAUCAAGUCCAGCCUACUUGCGUGCCUAACAGACGCUUACCCAACAGAGCGCAUAAUUUCGUGCUACGCGAGAUGCAUGCUUAUCUAUUGCACCGCAUGUUAUAAUGUUAAGAUGUCAAAUUUCAAAUCAAUCAUCCUAAACUUUACAUGGAUUUACAACUUUAAAGUUAGGUUUAUAGACUCAUCUUACCGCCAACGCAGACUCUUCUUUUUAUCCAAGACUCAACGAAAAUGAUAAUUCUUGUUUAAAUAACUCAGCUGGAUAAAGUUUUCCCUUACGGGCUUGAAGCCACGAUACAUGACUGCCCUGUAGUGCUUGGAUGUGCUAGAUUAAUCGUAAAAAAACCUAUUGCAACUCCAUAUUUUCAUUUUCAUUUAUGUAACUCAAUAAAAAAGCAUCCCAGAGUUUUAAUUACACUUAUCCGUGUGAUAAAUUUUCACAGAUUUGUAGCCAAAAUGUUGCUCUUUAAUUAGUAGCUGGGCUUUAAAAUGAACAUAUGUGAAAUCGUCACAUCACCUUUUCUUUCUUUGAGCAGCUAGAAAUGUUUUUAGACUUCAAGAGCACCUCGGAGUUUCUUUCAGCAAAUAGUAUGACUCACUAAAACACAACAGGGAUUCUCCGAGCCACUUUGUAAGUUCUUUUCGAGCUACUUAUUUUUCCCAUUACAUUAAAUCUGGUUAACUGUUGCAUUUUCAGAACCAAAUUCGCAUUAAAAGCUGUCAAAAUCGACAAAUAAUGUGAAAAAUCUUUUAAUUUAAAUUCAAAUCAACUUCCUUUUUGCACUUACAUUAAAAGCAGGAAAAAACAUCCCUUUGCAACCCACGCAAACGUCAGAUCACUGAAUUUUAUAAUUUAACCAGAAUUGAAAAUGGAUGAAGCCUUCCCAAACGGAUUAAAAAGCUGAAUUCUGCUCUACUCUUCUCGGAUAUUUGAUUAAACAUGUAAAUCAUCUUUAUAUGUUUUUGGCCAGACAGAUCUCAAAGACCAAUACAGUUUUAUCUAGGACUAUUUGCUUACGGCUCACCAUUUAAGCUCGCACAUACUGAAGUGGCGGGCAAGGUCAAGUGUAAAAUAAGACGGCUGAACUGUGGUACCACAGUUGGGAAUUUGGAACUUGGCAAACUUUGUCAGUGUCCCGCCUACAGCAAACGAAAAAAUAUGACAUCAAACUCUAACAAAGACGAAAAACCUCAUCACUUUUUUUCAUCAAAUGAGUCGACUGGCGACAACUUACUUCGUAAGUGGGCUGAACCUUCCCCAAACUGGCUCAAAGCCAUCAAGGAAUGGAAUUGGCUAUGUAAAGCUUAUGUCUAUGGUUUCGGAGGGCUUUUUGUUCUUGUAGCACUGUACACGAUUAUGUGCUUUAUCGCUUUAACACAACACAGAGCCCAUCGCACUGUAAUGAACUUCAUUCUGCUUGUUGC